AUGGCCCAGCAACAGGAUGAGAAUGUGAUGCGAAGGAAGCUCGUGAUCAUUGGCGAUGGUGCAUGUGGCAAGACCAGUCUUCUCAGUGUCUUCACCCUUGGAUACUUUCCUACUCACUACGUCCCGACAGUCUUCGAAAACUACGUGACAGACUGCCGAGUCGAUGGGCGAUCAGUGCAAUUGGCUCUCUGGGAUACGGCAGGACAGGAAGACUAUGAGCGUUUGCGGCCACUUGCAUACUCCAAAGCUCAUGUCAUCCUAAUCGGCUUCGCGGUAGACACGCCAGAUUCGCUUGAGAACGUAAAACACAAGUGGAUUGAAGAGGCCAAUGAACGAUGCCCCGGUGUGCCUAUCAUCCUCGUCGGUUUGAAAAAGGACCUUCGGGAGGACCCCUUGGCUAUUGAGGAAAUGCGCAAGAAGUCCCUCAAAUUUGUGACAACCAAAGAAGGCAAUGAUAUCGGGACCCAGAUUGCCGCCCGCAAAUAUCUCGAGUGCUCAUCCUUGACCGGAGAAGGCGUCGACGAUGUCUUCGAGGCAGCCACCCGAGCUGCUCUUCUCACCUUCGACAAGCGGAAAAGCUCCUGUUGCGUGGUUCUAUAA